AUGGAAGAAGAAAGAUUACCUUCAAAGAGCCAUAGAAGCAGAGACAGACAGCCCAUAUCAGUUCCCUUCAUAUGGGAAGACAAGCCUGGCAUCCCCAAAAAACACUGGAAACCGACUCCGCGGCUGCUACCCGAAAAUCCUAUCGUCGCACCACCAGCAAAGCUCGUCGUAUCGAUCCCCUUCGGAUGGGAAGAGAAGCCCGGCACGCCGCUCCCGUUCUUUUCAAAACCCGAUAAACAAGAUCCCGUCUUUAUCCCGACCUCGGACCUCAGCUAUGUCGAUAACGAUCACGACGGGUGGAUUGGAUUAUCGGACGCUGAGAUCAUCGAUACGGGCAGCUUCGAAACGUACGAUUCGUUCAGCUCAGCUAGAUCGACCAACCCAUUUGUUGAUCCUGUGCGAUCGCCGGAUUCGGAAACUGAGAGCGUCGACUAUGCCGGGACGCCGUUCUUGGAGUGGCUGUUUCCUCUGCUAGCGACAAAUUCGAACGAAUCAAAAUGUGGUGAAGUUGAUACACCGGAAAUGGGUUUGCAGGGGACGGAGUGGCUGCGGGAAAACGGCGGCAGUCGAGCCGGAAAACCGCUGCUUACGCUGGAAGAGCUCAUCAUGAUGAGUAGAAGAAGAAGCUGCCAAAGGAAAAUCAUACAGUUGAAUAAACAGAGAUCAAUGGAUUUCAUGAAGGGGAAUGCUCUUGGCUGCUGCAUCUUUGGAAGCAACACCAUUCCGCUUCCUCUCAAGUGGAAGAGACAACUGCAAAUCAAGUUAAUGUAACCAAAUCAGCUUUCCAGCAAUCCAUUAAGAAGAAGAAGAAGAAGAAGAAAACACAUCGGACAUUUCUCUUUCCAUUGUACAAUUCUCAUAUUUCAACUGUAAUGGGCAAAAACGAACUGAAUGGAAUCAAUAGAACAAUUUCCGAAAUGCAUCAUCCAU